GGCGGGUGUGAGAGUCGGUCGGGAGUCGCUUUCAGGAUCCCCAGAUCCGAGAAGCCGGAGUGAGAGCGGGAUUGCAAAGAUCAUUAAACUUUAAAUCAGAAGACCUACAGUGGAGUCUGGGCUCCAACACUUGCUGAGCGUAGGUUGCUCCUCAAGAGUUUUUGAUCUAUGAAAUGGCAGAGAAUGGAAAAAAUUGUGACCAGAGACGUGUAACAAUGAACAAGGAACAAUAUAAUGGAAACUUCACAGACCCCUCUUCAGUGAAUGAAAAGAAGAGGAGGGAUAGAGAAGAAAGACAGAAUAUUGUCCUGUGGAGACAGCCACUCAUUACCUUGCAGUAUUUUUCUCUGGAAACCCUAGUAAUCUUGAAGGAAUGGACCUCAAAAUUAUGGCAUCGUCAAAGCAUUGUGGUGUCUUUUUUACUGCUGCUUGCUGUGCUUACAGCUACGUAUUAUGUUGAAGGAGCACAUCAACAGUAUGUGCAACGUAUAGAGAAACAGUUUCUUUUGUAUGCCUACUGGAUAGGCUUAGGAAUUUUGUCUUCUGUUGGGCUUGGAACAGGGCUGCACACCUUUCUGCUUUAUCUGGGUCCACAUAUAGCUUCAGUUACAUUAGCUGCUUAUGAGUGCAAUUCAGUUAAUUUCCCUGAACCGCCUUAUCCUGAUCAGAUUAUUUGCCCAGAUGAAGAGGGCACUGAAGGAGCCAUUUCUUUAUGGAGCAUCAUCUCAAAAGUUAGGAUUGAGGCCUGCAUGUGGGGUAUCGGUACAGCAAUUGGAGAGCUACCUCCAUACUUCAUGGCCAGGGCAGCUCGCCUCUCAGGUGCUGAACCAGAUGAUGAAGAGUAUCAGGAAUUUGAAGAAAUGCUGGAACAUGCAGAGACAGCACAAGAUUUCGCCUCCCGGGCUAAACUGGCAGUUCAAAAUCUAGUACAGAAGGUUGGAUUUUUUGGAAUUUUGGCCUGUGCUUCAAUUCCAAAUCCUUUGUUUGAUCUGGCUGGAAUAACAUGUGGACACUUUCUUGUACCUUUUUGGACUUUCUUUGGUGCAACCCUGAUUGGAAAAGCAAUAAUUAAGAUGCAUAUCCAGAAAAUCUUCGUUAUCGUAACAUUCAGCAAACACAUAGUGGAGCAGAUGGUGGCUUUCAUUGGUGCUGUCCCCGGCAUAGGUCCAUCUCUGCAGAAGCCAUUCCAGGAAUACCUGGAGGCCCAGCGGCAGAAGCUUCACCACAGAAGCGAAACGGGCACACCGCAGGGGGAGAACUGGCUGUCCUGGGCGUUUGAGAAGCUGGUGGCUGCAAUGGUGUGUUACUUCGUCCUGUCCAUCAUCAACUCCAUGGCGCAGAGUUACGCCAAACGAAUCCAGCAGCGGUUGGACCCAAAGGAGAAAACCAAAUAAGCAGGAAGAGGUUUUAACUGCAGAACUUAAAAUGGAAGGGUUCUGCCUUAAAGUGGGAGGACUCCAGAUCAGGAGGGAAAAUUAUCUCUUCCAACCUGUGUCAGUUUUUAUUUUUUUCCCCCCUGAAAGCAGUUUAGUCCACAUCUUGCACUGACAUACUUUUCCUUUGUUAAGGUAAGGAAUCCACCCUCGGUUCAAUCCAAGUUGUAUUUUAUUAGGGUGGAAUGUGAUGUUGAGCAGCAAAGUUAACAGAAACUGGCCUUCUGUUUGUUACUUUCAAAGGCCCAUGUGGUACAAUUAAAGAAUUCCAAGCACCAUCCCCCCAAAAGAAUUCCUAAGUAUGUUAAAUAUUUCAAGCUUUUUAGGCUUGUCAAAUAUGACUUCUUUGUUUUUCUAAGUCAUCAAAAGUGUAUAUAAAUCAUACUAGAUUGGAUAACAGUCUUGCAUGUCUAUCAUGGUAAAGUUUAAUAUGCCAUCCUGCCCAACCCUUCCUCUCUCACCUUCGAAAAAAGGCCAUUUUAUGAUGCAUUGCACACCCUCUUGGGAAACUGAUCUUUCAAUUUUGAGACAGUAUAAGGAAAAUCUUGUUGGUGUCUCACAAAUGAGCUGACACCAUUUUUUAUUCUGUAUAUUUAGAAUGAAGUCAUGAAAAAACUUUAUAAAUACAUCUUUGAUCAUUCCAAAAUUGUGUCCAUUUUCUUGAGCGUUUUUUUUUUUUUAAACUUCCUUUUAGCUUCUACCAACUAAAUUCAGCCUUGCCAUAUCCACCACAGCCUCAGUCUCUUACGCCUUCAUUUAUUUGCAUGAAAGGGCCACCACCAAGGCGUUUUUUGGUUGGGUUGAAAUUGGGCAGCUGGCUACACACUGCUGAAAGGGCACCUUAGGUACUGAUGUAUGGAGGGGACUUAAUGGUUUGUGAAAACAGGAGAGAUGAUAGUAUAUAAAUCAAAGGACAUGGAGAGAAAAAUAACCUGUUUUAAAAGAAAAACAAGCUUUCUCAUAGCAAUUAAUUUUUAACUCAGCACGUAUUCUGAUUUUAGCAGACAGAAAUUUACUUUUAUUUAUAACCUAAUUUUCUUUCCUUUCUUUCGUGUUUGUUCUUAUGUGAUUUUUCCUUUCGGAUGUUUCUGGUUGAACUUGGUCAUUUUAUUUCGCUCAGGGCAGGGUGGGGAGGCAUGGUGAUAAAUAGUCUCACUUUUCUCCUUUAGGAAAGUUGGUACUGACAUUAUGUUGAGUGUAGAAUUGAGUUUAAAUCUCAACAAACCAGAAAUGCCUGGUUUGUUUGAUCAAAUCCUGCCUGAAUGUCUGCUUGUUUUGCCUACCGUCGUGACAUCUCCAUGGCUGUACCACCUUGUCGGGUAGCUUAUCAGACUGAUGUUGACUGUUGAAUCUCAUGGCAACAGCAGUCGAUGGGCUGUCUGACAUUUUGGUAUCUUUCAUCUGACCAUCCAUAUCAAAUGUUCCCAUUCAAACAUUACCCAGCACCAUGGUUUAUGGUUAAAAGAAUUGGUCCUUAGGUCUAGUGGCACUUUGACUCUUUUAUGCCAUAAUACUGUAUCAAGAGGAUUUUAUGCAAAAUUGGGAUAGUCUGUGUGAUCAAAACUAAAUAAAGGACAAGCAACCUGU